UUGUAUGUUAUGUUAUGUAAAAUACAAAUUCAACUUAAAAUAGACUUUAAAGGAAUUCAAAUUCUUGUAGCACUGUCAGUCUUUGCAGGUGUAGGAUGGGUCUUUAUUUAUAUACUUUGCUACUUAAUGUCAUAACGCCCCAUAUCGUUCUUUUAGCCCUCUGCAAUCCUGCAUGUCAGAACGGAGGAACGUGUGUAUCGCCUUACAGAUGUCAGUGCCCUGAGGGAUAUUACGGACUACGUUGUGAAAACGAAACAGGAAGCUGUACUUUGGAGGCUGGACAAAAUGUGACCUACUGGAACAUGUCGCACAACACGCAGAUGUCAGAGACGGAAACGGCAACCAAUGGAUCUAAAAUCCAUUUAAGGUGUCCGAAUACUGAUUACAACUAUUCGGACUAUUAUUGUCAUUACAUCACGAACGGUGCAAAUGAAUCCAAAGAUGAUAUUGAGUGCGUUGAUUGCGUAUUCGAAGAGCAUGGGUUAAAAUGCGAAUUAGACAUACGUUCACUGCCUGAAUCGUCACCUAGCCCUAGCAACUGUACAGCGAUCGAUAAUGGACAAAUAACAGAUCAUGGUAAAUCGUUCACGUGCAAUCCAGACUACAAGCCUGCGUUCAAGAACGGAACGGAUGCUAUCCUGUAUACGAGAUACUCGUGUACGUGUUAUAACACAUCUGGUAGAUUACAGUGCAUGGGGGCAGAGGUAGAAUGCAAGCCAAUUGGCUGCAAGAUACCGGCAAAUGUGGAACAAGGAAUGACUAUUUAUGACCCGAAAGAACGACGAAACAUCUUAUCGGCUAACCGCUAUGAAAUACAGCACGGUCAAUUUCUGAUCUUUACCUGUGAACCAUCUGAUGUGUUUUACUUCGAGCCAAACAGACGAAUGUUCGAAUGCGUCAAAGGGUCAUGGGCUGCUAAAAAACGCCCUCACAUGGAUACGUGGGAUUUCGGAAACAACGGGUCAUUUCCCGAAUGCCGGAAAGUUAAAUGUCUAGCAGAUUAUUGCAAGUUUGGUGGUCACUGCAUCCGAGAUCAUGAAUGCCAGUGUCCGGAGCAAACGAGCGGGAAACAGUGUCAAAUACCCCUGUGCAGUCCUGACUGUAAGAACGGAGGAACGUGUGUAUCACCUGACACCUGUAAAUGCAUUGAUGGAUUUCAUGGACUACGUUGUGAAAACGAUAUCGACGAAUGCAGUAAUAUCGAUCUGAACGACUGCCACCGCUUCUCCAACUGCACGAAUACUCCGGGAAGCUACACGUGCAAGUGUAUCGAUGGUUAUGUUGACCUAGAUGAUAACAGAGGUCGAAAGUGUGCAGCAAGCUGUACUUUGGAGGCUGGACAAAAUGUGACCUUCUGGAAAGCAUCGGGCGACACGCAGAUGUCUGAGGGGGAUACGGUGGCCCAUGGUACACGAAUUCGUGUAAAGUGUCCAAAUACUGGUUUCGACUAUUCGGACUUUUAUAAUAACGACGAAUCCCCAGCUAACAUUGAGUGUGUUAAUGGCGUAUUCACAGAUCAUGGGUUGAAAUGCGAAUCAGACACAAUGUCAACUACUGAAUCGUCACCUAGCCCUAAAAAAUGUACAAAGAUCGAAAAUGGACUAAUAACAGAUCGUGGUAAAUCGUUCACAUGCAACGCAGACUACAAGCCUUCGUUCAAGAACGGGAUGGAUGCUAUCCUGUAUGCGAGAUACUCGUGCACGUGUAAUCAAAAAACCGGUAGAUUACAGUGCAUGGGAACGGAGGUAGAAUGCAAGCCAAUUGGCUGCACGAUACCGGCAAAUGUGCAACAAGGAAUGACAUUGUUUGACCCGAAAGAACGGCGAACCAUCUCCGCGGCUAACCGCUAUGAAAUACACCACGGUCAAUUUCUAACCUUUACCUGUGAACCAUCUGAUGUGUUUUACUUCGAGCCAAACAGAAGAAUGUUCGAGUGCGUUAAAGGGUCAUGGUUUUCUAAAAAACGCUCUAACGUUAGUAACGGGGAUUCUUGGGAUUUUGGAAACAACGGGUCAUUCCCCGAAUGCCGGAAAGUUAUAUGCCCAGCAGAUUAUUGCAAGUUUGGUGGUCACUGCCACCGAGAUAAUGAAUGCCUAUGUCCUGCACAAACGAGCGGGAAACAGUGUGAAACACCCCUGUGCAGUCCUGAAUGUAAGAACAAUGGAACGUGUGAAUCACCUGACACCUGUCAUUGCCUUGAUGGAUUUUAUGGAGUAGGUUGUGAAAACGAUAUUGACGAAUGCAGAAAAAGCGAUCAGAACGACUGUCACCACUUCUCCAACUGCACGAAUACUCCGGGAAGCUACACCUGCAAGUGUAUCGAGGGUUAUGUUGACCAUGGCGGUAACAAUGGUCGAAAGUGUGCAGAGACUUGUGAGGCCUUGCCGACAUAUGGGAAUUGCGAUGCUGCAUAUUGUCGUGACAAAAAAAAGAACCAUGUGUGUACCCAAGGCCAAUGGACCGUCACAAACUUAUGCCUCAAAGGAAAGAGAGAGUGUUCUACUAAUGAAUCUUUGGUGAACGAAGACUCGACUUUGUCCGUAUCGUCGCAAUAUUAUGACCCAAUGUUCCUGAAUGAGACCGAGAUGUUUGGGGCUGACCAAGGGCGCCUUAAUUCCAAGGAAAAGGGAACGUCAUCAGACAUAUCAUUUAGAGCAGGGAUAUGGGCGUCAGCUUUUACGGACAAGAAUCAGCACAUCCAGGUAAAAUUCACAGUUCCGAAAACUAUUACCGGCAUUGAAACGCGUGGCAGGCCCGUUACCGUGAAUCAGGAAAUUCCCCAGUGGGUAGAGGAGUACCGCCUCAUGUACAGCAAAGACUGUGUGACCUUCAAUAAUUACACGCACACAGAUGGUUCAGAAAUGAAGUUUUCCGCAAAUGUCGACGGGAACAGCCUUAAACACAAUCCACUGCCUUGCCCUGUGGUAGCCCAGUGUGUCAGAGUGAAUCCAACACGUUGGAAUGGUUAUAUCUCCAUGGCUUUUGACAUCAAUGGUUGCGACUGAUCUUAAUUCACGGAUUUGUAAAUAUUUGGCAAAUUCAGAGACAAUGACAAGCAACUGAUUUGCGGCAUAAAUCGGACAAUAAAGGAAAACUUCACAUGCAUAAUUAUAUAUCCAUGUAUUGAUUGAUUUGAAAGUGUCUUUAUAACUAUAUUAUUAAUCAGCUUUGCUUUUGCUUUGGAUUCAAUUCACAAAGUUAUUAAAAAUAAUGUCCGUAAAGAAUCAUAAGUGAUGCAGAUAUUGCAUUCGUGAUUUGGAUAACACGUUCAACUAGCGAGAUGUUAAUCAAUUACAACUUUUUGAAAGGUGUUUGACGUGUUUACAUUUAUAGAUUAAUUGGGAUUGAACACACAAACAAUAAUGCAAAACAGUCCAUAAUUCUAGUUGGAACUCAAUGAAUGUUUUUAUUAUGUUCAUCACAAUCAGCGAGCGCUUUUCCACGAGAGGCGUGCGACCUACUUGGAUCGCGUAUGCUGUUUAUGGGAGAAAUCAACAUUUGUUCUUAUAGUUGUUAAAGCACUGUAUACUUAACAUGAGCUUGAACUAUAUGAUGCUAUUUUCUUAAAUCUUUUUAUUAAAUGAAGGUAUGUAGUU